AUGGGCCCAAGAGCCCUCAGCAAUCCACCAUCUGCCGAAGCAGCGAGCUCGCACAGCUCAGCAUGUGAUCCAGAGGAUGCCGAAGCAGCCGCUGGCAACGGUGCAGUGACUCAUGGCUUCCAGCUAGGGAGUUCUUUUGCCCCUCACAACACACCUUCUGGGCGCUUCAGCCCGUCCUCAAGCCUUGGCUUCGACAUGGCUGCCCCCUCCGUCUCAGCUGAUGCAGAUGCCACCGCCCAAGCGGCAGCUGCAGAGGCAGUCGAGAUCGCCGUCAAUGCCACGGCUUCUGUUGCAGGGGUCAGCACUGCUUCUGACGACUUUUUCGUGGCUUCCCCACAUGCCUCCGGAGCGCCUCCAAGGCAUGCAUCUGCGUCGUGUCCUCUUCCCCUGAGCGCAGCCGCAAUGGGGGGCCCCCAGGGGCCUCCAACGGAUAUUAUCGUCUGGCAAUCGCCUCCAGCGUCCCCCGCGGGCUUCCCGGAGGGGCCCCCCGAGAGGGCCCCUCUGGUUCUCUCCGAGGCGAUCGUCUCGACGAGCCUUUCGGGAGCUCCUCGAGGCUCGCUUUUUCUUUCGCAGGAAUCUCCCAGAGAUGCCUCCAGGGGGGAGAGCAGUUCUGCAGGACUGACGGCUUCCCCCCCCCCUCCCCCCGCAGAGGAAACAAACGCCUUCCUGGAGUGGUGCAGCGGGGGAGGAGGGUCCAAUGCUGAUGGUGGACGUCUGUCUUCUGGGUCCAUUAACAAUGACUGGAAUCCUCGAAGACAGCUGCUUGAGGGCCUUGCCGAACGCUGCCACAGGCAGCAACAAGAGCAGCAGCAAGAGCAGCAGCGCGCAUUAUUGGAGUGCUGGUCGCCUACAGCGCAUCUCGCAAGGGCCGAUACGCUGCAACAGCAACACGGACAGCAACAACAACAAUAUUCUCAACAAAAACAGGAGCAACAACAAUUUUCUCAACAAAAACAGCAGAAACAACAACAACAUCAACAGCAGGAACAACAAUAUUCUCAACAACAACAGCAGAAACAACAAAAGCCUCAGGGGAGGCAACAACUAUCUCGCCGCUUCUCGCGGUAUACCCGCAGUAUGCCGUCUCUCGCCAAAGCAUUCCUGGUGCUUGGCCCCUCUGAGGGUUCCCCCGUCUUAGAUGCCUGCAUUGCAGAUCACCUCCAGCAGCACCAACUGCAAUGCUGCGCGCGCUAUCGAGUUCGUGGGCAGCAGUGUGCCCCCGCCUCAGCCUCUGGGAGCAGCAGCUCGACUCCUGAUCGCGUGGCUCAAGCGAUGCCUGGAGCAACUGCACCUGAGCAUGGUGCCUCUGGCCAGAGGAGGUGCAGCUGCAGCGCGAGUUUUGACGUAGCGGUUACAUCUAAAGGCAAGCCGAGGGUCCUGUUGAACCCUAGAGACAACGUGGACGCAUUUGUAGCAAAGGACUGUGAAGCAGGAGGAGCUGCAGCAGGAGCUGCAGCAGGAGCAGAAGACGCUGCGGAGGCAGGGGCCUUUAAGUACACUUCGCGUCUUCCACCAGAGGUUCCUCCAGCGGUAGAGUUAUUUUGCUUUCCUCAGGGGAUAGUGCAAGUGCUGCCCGCAAGCAGCGGUUGUGUGUGCACCCUACAACAGCAACAGCAGCAGCAGCAGACGCAGCAGCAGCAGACGCAGCAGCAGCAGCAGGUGCCGCAAACAGAUCGGGCUGCGUGGUCGUGCAGCUCUCCAUGGCAGUCGUAUGACUCUCAUGCUGGGACGGCAUUGCUGUCUCCAAGGGAAACGGCGUGCAUAUGCAAGUGGGAGGGCUGCCCGUGUGCCUCAUUGCUAAGAGUCCAUUCUCCGUCCUCGUCUGUUUUCGUGUUGACAGAUGUUCAAGGCUGUCGGCUGUAUGGCCACUGCCUCCGUUUCUUUGAGCUGGUCACUUUGCAGCGUUCUUGCUGCAGCUGCGUUCCGCCUUCUGCUGAGGGGGUUGCACGCGACUGGGGGGAGGGUGCUGCAUCGACGCGUGCAUCGGGAGCACCAGCGGCAGCUUCGGAGGAGCAGCAGGAGGCUGUUGGAAAAGCAGACGACGAUGCGGCAGCAAAGACCUUCCCGGAUACCACGGGGAAAGCUCAAGAAGGAUCUGAAAUCAAGGCAGCAGCAGGGUGCUGCUGCUGUUGCAGAAAGGCGUCUCUUGUGUAUGUGGAGAGAGCGUUCUGCAUACUGUCGGCCUUUCCCUUCUUUGGUGCCUUCAGCGAGUGGCUGUGGUGUAUGUACACCUCGUAUGCGGCGCUUUGUCAGUCCACUGCCUGUAGUGCGAAAGGGCGUGUGCUGCUGCAGCAGCAGCAGCAGCAGCAGCGCGUGCUGCUGCCCUCGCCGUUGCUGUAUGUACAGCAGCAAGCUGGCAGGCUAGUGGCAGAGACACCGGCCCCAAGAGGAGCGCAAAUUUGGCAGGUUCUGCCACUGCAAGAGGUCCUCACUGUCGUAGAAUACGGCAGCUUCGAGAACAGUAACAACCACAACGGAGCGAGUUGCACUGAAGACAGCAGCGCCAGCAAAAAAACAAGUGUAACACUUUCAGUGAAUGUAAAAUGCUCGCGCUCUCUCUGCUUUGGGCUUCCCUUCCCCGGAAGUUUACCUCUCCUGCAACUGCCACUCUUUGGCGUGCUCAAGAGCUUUCCGCUAGAGCUGCUGCUCCUCCUGCUGCUUCUCCUGCUCUGCGAGAAACAGAUCGUCCUGCUCUCCGCCUCUCUGAACAGACUGUGCCUACUGCCAUGCAUGCUCACAGCUCUGAUGUAUCCGCUGCGGUACUCCCAAGUGUUUGUCCCCUUACUGCCCGAGCCGCUGACGCACUUUAUUUCCAUGCCCCUCCCCUUCUGCGUUGGCAUGCAGACACCGCAGCCGGCCCAGCAGCUGUUGCAGCAGUGGAGCGGAGCAGAAGGCAAUCGGCAACAAGGGAAGACCACUGGCAGCACAAAGAAACGGGGAGCAGCACCUAGAGGAAGGGCAGUGCCUCCAGCUGUGUAUCGAUUUACAUUUCCAGAUUUAGGGGUUGCAGCAGCAGCAUCUGAAGCCGUUAUUGGCAACAGCGGGAGCUGCAGCUCUCGGUGCAGUAGCUGCACUGCCAACUGCACAAACACCAUUACCACCAAUAUGCUGCACGCCAUCAACCUCUUCUCCCAGGCUCUAGACACUUUCCCCGUCGGUGUUUACUUGGUGGAUCUAGACGAGUGCUGCGUCUCUCUUUCGCACGUUGCCCUCGCAGCGGCAAUAGGGGAUCCUCAGCAGUGCGAAUGCCUCAAGCCUGAAGCAGUCGCAGCGACAGCAUCUACAGCCGCUGAAGCAGGUGCAUGCCAGGGUGCUGAUCCAUGGGGACUGCCUGCUUUGCCAGAGACACUCCUAGGGCAACUGAUUGAGCAUCUCGUGCCGAUUCUGUGCAGAGAUGCAGUUGCAGCGGCAGCAGCCGCUGCCGCUGCAGCGGCGAUAGUUGAUGGCAGCCUGACGCAACAGCAGCGAAAGCUGCUUCAGCGGCAUCAGCAGAAGCACCACAAGAAGCAGCGGCAACAGCAACAACCGCAACUUCCUGCCUUCCUCCCUCCUAACUGGCUGGUGCUGCGAGAGAGGGUCUCUGCUGCCACUGCGGAGGAAGUAGCAGCACACUGCAUGCGGCUCUCCGCUGCUACAGGCGCUGAGAUCGGAAAUUCCACCAACGCAGGGGCAGCGGCAGCAGCAAUGCAGACCGCACAGGGAGGCGCUAGAGGAGAUCCGCUGCAACUGUUGCGUGCAAGCACAACAAACAGCAGGCAGCAGCCGCUGACGCUGCAGCUCAGUCCCCAAGUGGGGGGGGGGAGCUCUAGCAUCGCAAGUUGCGGAACGACUGCCACGGCAGCUGGCAACGCGGAUGCCAGCGGCCUCUUCGCCCUCACUGCGAGCAGCAGGAUGAGCAGCAGCGCAGUUGCACCCAGAGGAGCACCGCCUCGGACGCACAGUGGAGCCUUGCUCUCUGUCUUCCGCUUUCUGAAUCUCUUGCCUCCAGGCAAGGCCGAACAGCAGCAGCAGCAGCAGCAAAGAGAAAUGCAUUUGCACCAGCCGAAGCUGCAACUGCAGCAGCAGCAGCAACAACAUCGGAGGGAAAAUUGGCUGUGGCGUCUUUGGGGGCAGCGACCCUCAGUGCCUGGUGUAGACCUGAACACUGCGACAGCUGCAGCAGCAACAGCAGCACCUGCAACAUCAGCGGCAACACUACGUCGGGUGCCCAGACAGCCUGCAGUACUUCGAUAUUCAUCUGUUCCUUCCGGAGCGCUUGCCGCUGCGGCAUCUGCUGCCUUUGCUGACGAGUCUGUUGAUGCAGUUGCUGCCGCGCGAACGCAGGGGCCAGAACAGAAGUCACAACUGCUGUGUCAUCAGUAUCAGCAGAAGCCGCAGCGUUCAUUGAUUUCUAGGAACCCUGGACUAAGGGGAGUGUCGGUACUGUGGCAGCGGCAAAGCAGAAGCAGCAGCGAAGUUCUAGAACGCAGUAGAGCCUGGGGUAGGUGCAAACUGACCACAGCACCAGGAUUAGCUCUUGUAGCUGGUGCUGUCGCGGCAGCGGAAGCCACUAGUCACCGAGACGAGGCUUGGGGAAGAGGCGCUACGAUUUCCUCUGCCCCCGCAACGUUUGUUGGUGGUUCCGAAGGACAAGAGGAUGGUGAUGCUGCUCUGAAUCCCGUAACGACAGACUCCAGCAGCAGCGUGCUACCCGUCUGGCGUGAGUUUUCGGGAGUCUCGUUUGAGUCCUCUGAGGAGGGGGAGGCUUUGACCCUCUCCGGAGUCGGUCAGAGCAGCCAAGGCAGAGAGGAUGCAGGGAAGGAUACUGCUGCUGGACGCGAUAGCAGACUUAAAGCUAACCCCAGCGGUGAAGAGGAGCAACAGGCGUGUAGGGCUCACGCGGAAGCCAAACUACAAGCAGCAGCUGCGAUACAGGAGCAGCAGCAGCAGCAGCAGCAGCAAGAGAGUGAAGCGGAAGCGGCGGCUGUGGCUGCUGUGUCUGCCCGGAUCGAAGCUCUGAAGCAGGCAAGCAGAGUGACUGUGCAGCCUCAUGUGCAUCCUCUGGAUGCAGCAGCGAACCCACUGGGUUACCUCCGUGUGUGGAGUUCGGCGCUGGCUGUGGAUAGCAGCCAGGAGGAGCAGCAGCAGUUGCAGCAGCAUCAGCAGGAGCAGCAGCAGCAGAUGGCGGCAGCGGAUACUGCGAUUCGGGAGAUCUUCUUGCGUUUCUUCGUCGAGCUUUUGCGAGGUUGCAAGAUGAUACUUGCAGUCCGCAGCGGCGCGUUCUCUGGAGUUGCGUCGGGAGGGGUUCUCAGUAAGAGCAAGGAGGGGCCCCUCAGCGCCAGCAGGACAGGGGCCCCCAAGGCUCUCCUAGAAGGGGCACCUUUGCUACAGGAAAUUUGUAGCACGCAGGCGUUUGCUAGCUUCAUCCAGCUGCAAGACGAAGCAAGAGGAGAUGCGCCUACUGCAUCCACGCCGACAGACAGUCCCUUCGAGGAUGCUCAAGAAACAUGGCCGCAGCACCCUGUUCCUUAUUCUGGUGCUCUGGAUGCGCAGCAGAUGAAGGGCUGUUUCUCCGCUUAUCCUACACCUCGCUCCGUGAGGACGAGUAGGAGAGUGGCCACUGCUGCGGCUUUGUAUUGUCAGCCCUUCUUCGUUUGCGAGGCUCAGACGGGUGCGUCUGGCAUCAGCAGCGUUCCCAGCAGCAGAGACAGCACCCCCGUGACAUCAGCAGGACCAGCAAACUCUGACGCAUCCAAACAACACGAAGCUGCAGCCUUCUCUGCAGCAUCUCACCAGUCUGGGGUACAUCCUGGCCAGUUAGCGUCUCGCGGCUCGUGCGGCGUCAAGUACACUGUGCCCCUCAGACCUUACACUGUCUCCUACACGGCUUUGAACAGCGGCAGCAGCAACAGCAACGAGGACGAGGAUCUCUCUUGGGGGGAAAGCGUGGCGAUGCUGCUGCUCCCUCGGUGGCCUCUCAAGUGGCCAUCUUCUUCCCUAGGAGAUUCAAAAAACAAAGGAUCCCUGAGCGACAGCAUCAACAGUAGCAACAAGGCUGAGUGCAAACGGUGUGGCAAGCAGCAGCUGCUGCAGUUGCUUGCCUCACCGUUUGCAGGAGCAGCCGCUGCGGUGUGGCGCUGGACAGUUUGUUGGUCAGUUGCCUUGAAGCGGCAUUUGUUGCGACUUGUUUGGAAUAGGGCCUCACGCGGUGCAGCGGCGACAACAGCAGUAGCAAAGGUAGGCAGUUUACUAGGCAGUUUAUUAGCAACAGCUGCUUCAACAACAUCAGACAGCUUUCCGGCUGAGCAGCAACAGCUCAUACGCACUCGAUUUUUCGGUUUGUUAAAAAGAAGCAACUGGCAUUCGUUUAAUUUUUGGAUUGAACUCAAGGCGUGGAUGCCACAAUUGGGUUGCUACGUGGGCAACAAUGUGAAGGCAUGUACAGCUACUCACGUGCCGGCUCAUAUAUCCUAG